GGAAAUCAUAGCGUUCCUUUUUUCCGCCUGGGUCCAUCGUAGCGGCAUGCUGGUUUGAGGCAACUCCAAUUCUAAUUUAUUUUUUGCUUGCUCUAAUUUCUAUCAUAGGAUAGGACGUUAAGAUGAAACCAAUCCUCUUGCAAGGCCAUGAGAGGUCAAUUACACAAAUCAAAUACAACAGAGAAGGCGACCUGCUGUUUUCUGUAGCAAAGGAUACGGUAGUCAAUGUGUGGUACUCUGUUAAUGGAGAGCGACUUGGCACUUACAGUGGUCACACAGGAGCCGUGUGGUGUGUAGAUGUAGAUUGGGACACAAAAAGUGUGUUGACUGGAUCUGCAGACAACACUUGCCGAUUAUGGGACUGUGAAACAGGAAAGAUGCUUGGACAACUGAAGACCAGCUCAGCUGUGAGGACCUGUGGCUUUGACUUUAGUGGAAACAUCAUAAUGUUUUCAACAGACAAACAGAUGGGUUAUCAGUGUUAUCUGAACUUUUUUGACCUUCGAGACCCUUCACAGAUGGAGGAUAACAAUCCAUACAUGAAGGUACCUUGCAGUGAGUCAAAGAUUACGAGUGCUGUGUGGGGUCCUUUGGGAGAGUUUAUCGUUGCUGGGCAUGAAAAUGGUGAAAUCAACCAAUUUAGUGCCAAGUCUGGUGAAAUAAUGAAGAAGGUGAAAGAACACACAAAACAGAUCAAUGACAUCCAGUCCUCGAUUGAUCUAACAAUGGUGAUCACUGCUUCAAAAGACAACAGUGCGAAGUUGUUUGACUCUACAACACUAGAUCACAUUAAAACUUUUAAAACAGAAAGACCUGUCAACUCUGCUGCAAUUUCACCUAUCAUGGACCAUGUAGUAAUGGGAGGUGGGCAGGAAGCCAUGGAAGUAACCACAACCUCCACAAGGAUUGGCAAGUUUGAAGCUAGAUUUUUCCAUGCAGCAUUUGAGGAAGAAUUUGGUCGUGUAAAGGGGCAUUUCGGACCCAUCAACUGUGUGGCCUUCCACCCUGAUGGAAAAAGUUACAGCAGUGGUGGUGAAGACGGCUAUGUGAGGAUACAUUACUUUGACCCACAGUACUUUGAAUUUGAAUUUGAAGUAUAAAUAUGUCAUCUCUGUGCAUUAAUAAAUCUGC